AUGCAAAAUUCUCUCGCGUCUCCCAACGAGGCACGCACACAGGCGCCAGUAUGCACCCUGCGCUACGCCCGUGUUGCCAGUAUAAAUCUGCGAGAUAAAAAUUGCGCUAUACUACAUUCUGGUGUCGUCUUUUUUGCUGAGAUAGCCGUAGGCGUGCCUAGUGAGUUGUUUGCACCUCGAACAGUGGUCGAUAUUUCACAAUGCCGUGUCAUCGACACGACUGCACUGAAAUAUGGACGCGGCUAG